AUGAGUAGCAGCUCCCACAGCACUCAUUCCUCCUCCAACGUCGUCGGUGUCCACUACCGCGUCGGAAAAAAGAUUGGCGAGGGAAGCUUCGGCCUUAAUCUGUUGAACAACCAGCAGGUUGCCAUCAAGUUUGAACCCAGAAAGAGCGAUGCCCCACAGUUGCGCGACGAAUACAGGACAUACAAGAUCUUGGCUGGAUCAACCGGUAUUCCAAAUGCCUUCUACUUCGGACAGGAGGGUCUCCACAACAUUCUCUGCAUUGACCUGCUCGGUCCUUCCCUCGAGGACCUCUUUGAUAUGUGCGGUCGCAAGUUCACGAUCAAGACUGUUGUCAUGGUCGCCAAGCAGAUGCUCUUCCGAAUCCAAACUAUUCACGAGAAGAACUUGAUCUACCGAGAUAUUAAGCCCGACAACUUUUUGGUUGGACGGCCCCACACCAAGAACGCCAAUCUGGUGCACGUGGUCGACUUUGGCAUGGCCAAGCAGUAUCGCGAUCCCAAGACCAAACAGCAUAUUCCUUACCGUGAGCGCAAGAGUUUGAGCGGAACUGCCAGAUAUAUGAGCAUCAACACACACUUGGGCAGAGAGCAAUCGCGACGUGACGAUCUGGAGGCCAUGGGCCAUGUUUUCAUGUACUUCCUGCGCGGUGGUCUUCCCUGGCAGGGACUCAAGGCAGCUACCAACAAGCAAAAGUACGAAAAGAUUGGUGAGAAGAAGCAGUCGACACCCAUCAAGGAGCUUUGCGAGGGAUUUCCAGAGGAGUUUGGUAUCUAUCUCAACUAUGUCCGCAAGCUGUCGUUCGAGGAGACUCCUGACUAUGACUUCUUGAGAGAUCUAUUCACCAAGGCCUUGAAGAGCAUGAACGAGACCGAGGAUGGUGUCUAUGACUGGAUGCUUCUGAACAAUGGCAAGGGAUGGGAAUCGGAAGCCGAUGGCAUGGGUGAUAUCUACGGAGACAACGGACACGUACCGAGCGCAUCGCACCAAUACUCGUCGAACCCCUUGCACCCAGCAGCACAGCACGACCGUCACGCCUCUCGGGACCCCCAUGCACAGAGCCAAGGGCAGUCCCAGCGCCAGCAGGGCAAGCUCCAACAGCCUGGAGCGCUGGUCCACAGCAACUCGCGGCUGAAGCACAAGCAGAGCCAGAACCGUGGACCUGGAGGCGGAGCCGCUGACCAGGAUUUGCUUCGCGAGCACGCCUACAACCGCGCCGCACCCAACGGCAACCUCCGGGCCGAUGAGGGUCAGAAUGGAGAGGGUAGCCAGAAGAAGCGCGGCUUCUGGAACAAGUUGAUUGGCGUUAUUACCUGCAGUACGUGUCGUAGAUGA